CUAACAUUAUUAUUGAGCAAUAUGUCUGCGCCCAUAUCCCAGCGUGAGAAAUAAUUAUUUGAUUAUAAGUGUCGUUUAUGCAGCACGGUAUUAUCUCUCAUUGCAAAUAAAGAUGGAUGAAGAGAGUUUCCCACGUGGAGGUGUGAGAGAACAGACCACUGAACCAAAAGUAAAGAAAGAUAAACAGGACAAGAAGCAGGGUCGCGUAGUGGAGAAAAAUUUGUUUGGGGAAGUAGAAGAAUCUAAGGACAAGAAGAAAAGAAAAAAGGGCAGGAAAGAGAUUACAAAAGAUGUCUCAAAGAAGACUCAAAAGCAAACGAAAGAUUCUGAUGUUGUAGGAAAAAUCAACAUUUUGACUCCACAGAUUCUGAACAAAAAGAGCCUGUAUCCGGGUAUGCUGUUGCUGGGGAGUGUGAAGGCCAUACAGAGCUACUCGCUGACCCUUGCCCUGCCCAAUGGCCUAUCAGGCGUGGUUCCCAUCAUGCACAUCAGCGCUGCCUACACAGAGUCACUGGAGCGGUACUCGCAACAUCAUGAGAUGGGAGAUACAGUGGAGAAUGUGAGCACCCUAUCCGAGCUGUUCCACGUGGGUAUGGUGCUGCCCUGCAGGCUGCGAGACUACAACAGUGCCGCAGGGGACACAAAGAAACUGCAACUGUCUGUGAACCCCCGAGACGUGAACGGGGAUGUACAGCCGGCCAGUCUUCAGCAUGGAAUGUGUAUCUAUGGCAGUGUAAGCAGCAUUGAGGACCAUGGAUAUAUUGUUGACAUCGGGGUUAAAGCAGUACAAUGCUUUUUAAGGCACAAGCAGGCCAAAAAGUUCAUCCAGCAAAACAAUCAUGGUGAAGGUUUGAGGGUGGGUCAGAUCGUGAAGUGUAGCCUUCUGAUGGAGGGUAGCCGUGUAGACCAGCAGGCUGGACGGAACCAAGUGAUCAAUGUCUCCAUCGACCCGAGUGAAGUGGGCAAACACCUGAAGGAGAGUUCAAGUCUUGCUUUCUCAGCGUUGGCACCUGGCAUGAGGGUGACUGCGAAAGUGAACAAGGUGAUCCAAGAAAAGGGGAUGGUGCUGAGUUUCCACAAGUUGAAGGGCGUGGUCCACAAGUCACAUGUACCUCUGGACCUGCAGACAUACACCCAUAGGCAGGAGGUGAGUGCAGUGGUGCUGGCCAUUCACCCUCUACUGAAGACUGUACACCUGUCCCUCCUUCCUCACCUGGUGGACUACGCUGGCCUGCCCACCCGACUGUUUGAUGGGGUCAAGGUCAGUCAGAUAUUGGCCGGGGCGGUGGUGCGUCACGUGGACAAGACCAGGGGAGUGCUGCUCAAGUGGGAGGACCGACUCACCUUGUUUGCACAGUUGUCCAAUCUAAGUGAUAAUCCAGUGGACAACGUCAUAGCUGCUUUUAAACCCGGGGAUACACACAGUGCCAGAGUGCUGGGAUUUUUUCACAUGGAGAAUUUAGUGAUUGUAACACUGAGAAAGAGUGCUCUUGAUGAGAAGUACAUGCAGGCAACCGACCUGAAACCUGGAGAGCUGGUAGAGUGCACGCUGAAGUCCAUAGAGAAGACCGGCCUGCAAGUGCAGGUGGGUUCCAAGGUGAAGGGCAUUAUACCCAGCAUUCACAUGGCAGACGUCACCUUGACCAACCCUGAGAAGAAGUUCACGGUCGGGCAGAAGCUUAAAUGCAGGGUGUUGAUGGUCAACAAGAAGCGGUCAGUGGUGUUCCUGACCCACAAGAAGUCUCUGCUGACCAGCAAGUACCCGGUGGUCUGUGACCUUUCAGAGGUCAAGGUCGGCAUGGAGCUUGAGGGCUUUAUCUCCAGCAUCAAGGACUUUGGCUGCUUUGUAACCUUCUACAACAAUCUGCAGGGCCUAGCACCAACCCCACUGUUGAGCACAGAGAAGAUUGCAUACCCAGAGAAGGUCUUCUUCCCGGGGCAGAUUGUGCGCUGCAAGGUGGUCAGUGUGGAUCCAGCAAACUCCAAGCUCAAGCUCACAUUUGUGUUGGAAGGCAAGAAAGCCUUUGGUGGACAAGAUGUGUUCACAGAGUUCAACAUCGGACAGUGCAUGAAGUGCACAAUCACCAACAAGAACAACACGGGGGUGGACGUCGAACUCGAAGGGUCCAAGAAGAAGGCGUUCAUUCCUAGAUCACAUCUCUCGGACUUUGUGGACUUGUGCCAUGCGUUGUGGGAGAAACACAAAGUUGGGGACGUCAUAGAGACUGCCAUGUUCUGGCAUAAAACAAAGACACCUAUUCUCACGUGCAAGCAGAGUUUGAUAGUGGCCGCCAAGGAAGGUCAGCUGGAGAAAUCAUUCAGUGAUAUCGAGCCGGGGAUGAUGUUACCAGGGGUAGUGAAGAACGUUCAGCCGUACGGGGUGUUUGUAGAGUUUGCCAGCGGACUGUUUGGACUGGUCCCUAAUCAGUACGGUACGGACAAGCGUCUGCCCGACCUAUCUGCGGUCUAUCGCCAAGGUCAGACGGUCGUUGCCAAGGUCGUGGAGGUCAAUGCAGACAAGGAGAGGUUCCUGGUGUCGCUACGCAUGCAGGAUUGUUACCAUGGCAACUCUGAGAUUGGCCUGCAGAUCACGGCAGCGUAUCUUCACGACAGGCAACAGCUGCUGGCGAUAGAGAUGAAAGCUGGAGGUGUGAGGGGUACCCUUGCCAGUACCACCCUGGGCAGUGUUCACAUGGCAACCAUUGACCAGGUCACGGACCUAGGGGUCAUAGGUCACAUGGAGGUCACAGGGGUCAAGGUUGUGGCAGUCAAGGACAAUGUGAAAGGUAUGGACAUAUCUGUGGGUGACACAUUGCACUGCGUUGUACUAUAUAUUGACCUUAACAAGCAGUGUUUGGAGGUGGCCUUUACCUCACAGCUGGUCAAGGACGUCAUCAAGAGGUACCAGGCCAAGAAACACACUGAGCAGGCCAAGGUCAGCCAGACUGUGAAGUCCUGUGUGCUAAUGGUCAAGGACGACUAUGUGCUGGUCAGUCUCAAGGGUCAUUGUCGUGGUCAGCUGGCAUACCUACCGGCCAGGAGGCACUGGAAUGAUGUCCUUGAGAAACACCAGUACGAGGCGGGCCAGGAAAACAGUGUGGUCAUUAAAAGUGUGGAGGGUGGGGUGGUUCUGGCCAUGCUGAAGAUCCAUGAGGACCGUGAGAGGGAUGAGGAGGACAAGGUGUCCCACACUCCCACACACAACCUCACCCUGGGGCAGGUCUGCAAUGCCAAGAUCAGGAAGAUCUUCCCUGACCAAGUGUACAUUAACAUAGGUGGAACUCACGGGCGUGUGCACAGAACUGAGAUGGCAGACUCGACAGUAAAUGGUACCAGUCCAGUUGACUCUCUACAGAUGAGUCAGGAGAUACAAGUCAGGGUGAUAGGCUUUAGGGAUGCCAAGACCUUCAAAUACUUGCCCAUCUCACAUCCCCACCUGCGCCGUGCCAUGCCAGAGUGCACCAUGAAACCCAGCAGUCUAGAGCUCGGUACCCUGCCUGAGAACUAUGACUGCACCAAGACCAUUGUCAAUGUCGGGGACCAUGUGGUGGCCUUUGUUACCAAGGUGACCUCUCAGUGUGUCCAUGCCCAGUUGAACCAGCACAUCUCUGGAAAGGUCCAUACCCUCUACCUCUCAGAUGAUAUUCAGGUGUUGAGGUCUCCAGAGCAGCACUUCAAGGUGGGCCGAGGUUACAAUGCUACGGUGAUAGGACUCGAGAACAAGAACAAGAACCUGGCAACACUGUCCUUCCGUAAGAAAAAUCCGGUCGUUCAGCAGGGGAAGGCAACUCUGGGCGUCAUAACUGCCAUAAAUCCUGGAACAGGACUUAAUCUACAGUUAGCAGAUGGAAUACAUGGGACAGUGGACCUCACAGAUAUCCUGAACCAUUACGUGGACAAUCCAACAGCCUCCUUUAGUCUAGGGGAGAUAAUCACAGGCUUUGUGGUGGAGUAUAAUAUCAUAGCAAAGAGGGCAGUUGUCUCCCUUAGACAUUCCAGGGAGGACUUUGCUAAGCCCAAGGACCCACGUAUUUCCAGUUUAUCAGAUCUGGCUACAGGCAAAGUGUUACGAGGCUAUGUAAACAAGGUCUCCAACCAAGGGUUACACAUUAGUGUUGGCCAUGGACUGUGGGGUCUCGUGACUCCAGACUGUGUGAUAGGGGGACGUGACCUGGACAAUCUACAUGAGCACUUCAGUGUUAGUCAGGUGGUCACCAUCAUGGUCACCAGUGUCAACAAGGAUACGGCAAAGAUUCAGCUCUCAAUGCUAGAAAAAAAUACCCACGUUCCAGUGGUCCUGAAAUCAGCUGCGAGAAAAAGAAAUAUCUCCAUCUCCUCGGAUGUGGAUUUGGAGGAAAAUGAGAAAGUUAAAAGAUCUAGAAAAAUGUCUGCCAAUGAUGACACUGGAAAGGAAGUUCAAAUAAGUAGAAAGAAAGACAAAAAGAUACAGAAAGACCAGAAUGUUAGUUCUGAGCCUGAAAAAAGUAUUGAUUCUGAUGAUAUUGUGGAGAAAAAAGCAGCUAAGAAAGAGAAAAAUAAGAAAAAGAAUCAGCCGAAAGAUAUAAGUGAAAAACAUUCACAAAAUGUGACAGAGGAAAAGGAGAACAGUGAAAGUAAAGUUGUUAAAGUUAAAAAGGGUGUUAAAGUGAAAGAGAGAGGUAAAAAGCGUUCAAGUAAAGAACAAACAGAGGUAGAGGAAAUUAAAGCUGUGAGUAAGAAGAAACGGGAGAUGUUUGUGACAGAAGCCAAUGACAAGGCAGGGGAUACGAAGAAGAGUGAAACAAAGGAAGACGACUCAGACAGUGGAAUAGAGGUCAAAGUUGUGUCGGCUUCACAAGAGACAAUGGUGCUGGAUGUUGAAGACAAGUUUUCAUGGAAUUCCGACUUCAAGUUGCCUGUCCUGGGAAAAGGGGAGAUAAGUGAUGAUGAAUCAGAAAGUGAAGCACAGCCGCAGGUAAAGAAAACGAGAGAUGAGAUCCGGACAGAGAGGAUUGCGGAGGAGAAGAAACUGUACCAGUAUGAGAUGCAGGUGCUAGAGGGAGAUCGCCAGCCUGAGACCUCGGACGACUUUGACCGCCUGGUCCUGCAGUCCCCAGAUAGCUCCCUAGUCUGGCUGCGCUACAUGGCCUUCCACCUGGAGUCCACAGAGAUUGACAAAGCUCGUUCGGUGGCUGAACGGGCCCUGAAGACCAUCUCAUUUAGGGAGGAGCAGGAGAAGCUGAACGUGUGGGUGGCCUACCUGAACCUUGAGAACAUGUACGGCACAGCUGAGUCCGUGCGCGCUGUCCUAGCCCGCGCAGUGCAGCACAAUGACCCUGUCGCCAUCAACAUGCAGAUGGUGAACAUCUAUGUGACCUCCGGCAAGACUGAGGAGGCUGAGCAACUGUUUAGCAGCAUCGUGAAGAAGCACAGCGGUAACAAGCAGGUGUGGCUCAAGUUUGGGGAGUUCUACUUCACACAGGGGCGGCCUGAGUCGGCGAGGAAACUGAUGCAGCGAGCGCUGAAAUGCCUCGAGAUGAGGGACCACGUGGACAUCAUCACCAAGUUUGCCCAGCUUGAGUUCAAGCUUGGGGAGCCGGAGCGUGGCAAGACAAUGUUUGAGAAUACGCUGAAUACCUACCCCAAGCGUACCGACCUGUGGUCCAUCUACAUUGACAUGGUCACCAAACUGGGGCAGUAUGAGGACGCUAGGAGCCUGUACAAACGUGCGGUGGGUCAGCCAAUGGCGGUGAGGAAGAUGAAAUUCUUCUACAAGAAGUACCUGCAGUUCGAAGAGAAACACGGGACAGAGUCACACGUGAAUGACGUGAAACAGAGGGCGCUGGAGUAUGUGGAGGGGCUGCAAGAGGGAUCCUGAAUGUGAAUAGGGGCUUGAUUAGACUUCUGAACUUCAUAGCCUCUGAUUGUGGAUUUUGGGCUUUUGAUAUUAGCCUUGUUCUGGGAACACUGAGCUGAAUGUAUGAGCGUAAAGUAUUGUCCUAAAUUGGUCUGUGUGGUCUGCACAGGCUGAUCAGGGACCACACUUACAAUUUUUAUUGAAAUUUUGCGUUUAAAGGAGGUCUCUUGUAAACAAAAAUCUACUGUGAAGGUAAAAUGUGUCAUCCCUUAUAAGCCUGUGUAGACUGCACAGGCUAAUCUGGGAUGAAAGUUUUACACACAUGCAUUAAACCCAAUUUUUACAGAGUCAGGCUCAAAUAGGGACUGGGAUAAGGGCCUAGACUAGUGCAAACAUGAUGGGUCUAGAAUGGAAAGGACUGCAUUGACUUUAAAAUGUAUUGGAUUAAUUUUUUUUUGUUUACUAAGCUUAUCAUGGCCUGCAAUGACAUAUGUUAUUGCAUGAAUGUUAUGGAAUGUAAUAUACAUUUCUCAUUUGCUUACUUGUCAGACUGAUGUAUUACCAAUAUAUGGAAAAUAAACUUUACUACAAACAG